AUGCGGGCUCAUGUAGCAGAGGAAAGGAAGAGGGUGAAGGCGACCAUGGCACAUCUGGAACAAAAAGUGGAAGACUUGCGGUGGAAAGGGAUGGCGGAUGCCACCUCGCAAAUUCUGUAUGAGGAGCUGAUUAAAAACGAAGCGGCCCUUAAGCUUUACCAGGAUAGCAACAAGGAGCGGCUGCAGGUCAUGACGGGGUUACUGAUGGAGCUAGGAGAUGUGAGAAAGAAGCUGCAGGAGAAGGACCAACUACAGCUGGACAUGGAGUGGUCGGAGCACGAGGUGAAGGCAGCGCUCAAAGGCUUACCAGCGGGGAAAGCUCCGAGGCAGGAUGGUUUACCAAAAGAAUUCUUUGAGCAUAACUGGGAGCUGCUCGGCUGGGCGGUGAUGAGGGAGGUUAGGAGCUUUGAGUCGUCUGGGAAGCUCUCGGAAGCUUUCACGACCGCCGUUACCAUUCUGCUGCAUAAAAAGGGGGACAGAGAUGACUUAGGCAAUUACAGGCCGAUCACCCUACUCAGUUUUUUCUACAAGCUACUGGCGAAAGUGUUGGCGAACAGAAUCAAAGCUGUCUUACCGCGGGUGAUCUCGGACAAGCAGUUCGGCUUUCUCCCGGGAAGGAGUCUUGCCGAUGCAGUCUCGCUGGUGACAGAUGUAAUUGAUGCGGCGGAGGAGGAGGACGAGGAUUGGUUGCUGUUGCUGGUGGAUUUUCAGAAAGCCUACAACUUCGUGUCAAGGGACUAUCUUUUCGUGAUGCUGGGCAACAUGGGGUUUCCGGUGAAAUUUGUGAGAUGGGUGAAGGGCCUGCAUGAUGGCGCAGCCACCAGGAUGUUGCUGAAGGGCUGGGUAGGAGACCGCGUGGCAAUGGAUAAGGGGGUGCGACAAGGGUGUCCGCUCGCCCCGUACCUCUUCCUCUGCGCGGUGGAGCCGCUCUGCCAAGAAAUAGGAUGGAGAAAGCUGGGCGUUCGGAAGCGGGGAGUGAAGGGGGAGUUAGCCUUUAUUGGGUACGCCGACGAUACCACUCUGGUCCUGAGAGGGAGAGAGCAAGUGAUUUCAGCGGGCAAACUGCUCGACGAAUUUGCAGAGAUUUCGGGGCUGAAGGUGAAUCGCAGGAAAACAACGCUGAUGCCGCUGGGGAAAAACAGGAGAAUAAGAACGAGGAAUAAGAACGAGGAAUGA